GCCAGUGGUUCCCAGUCCAACCUGUUCCUUGUUGUUCUUUGGAAGACCUUGAACUCAGCGCUUUGGGUUUGGAAGAAGGCUGGCUCCCUUCGGAAGGGAGGGUCCCUUCGCGCUCCGCAAAGCCAGCCCUGAGCAAGUGCUGGGGAACAAAGGAAGGCGCUCUGCACAUGCUCAGAGGCUCACUUGCCCUCCCAACGCCGACAGGAUCCGGAGCCGGGCUUCUCGGGCGCCCAGGCCAUCUGCUGAACCCACUAGGGAUGCUGCUCUCUCUUGAAGCAUUGAUCACAUCACUCUCUGCCUGUCACAGAUACCAGUUUUCUCUGCCUGUUGCGUCCCAGCUACCUGGAGAAAAUGAAACCUCACGUCACGUACCAGCAGCUGAAGACGCUGCAUGUGCCUGAAGAACCGCCACUCAUUGAACAGCCCGAACUGGCACCACACAAGGACUCCCGGUACAUCUUGGUGAUAACCAUCUUGUCUACAAUGCUGGUUUUAGCCUUUCUGGUCCGCAUGUUCUUCCUUCCCUUCCACAGUCCAGCCUCCAUAGGGAACGUGGUUGCUACCCCAUCCCUGGACAACACAUGCAAUGACCCAUGCAGGAUCACAUUGCUGGAGAGCAUCCCUGAGGGCCUGACCUACGAUGACAACAGCACUAUCAACCCAUCUAUUUUUGAGGGCUGGAGGAAGCUUCUGGGAGAUGCAAGAAGCACCCUGGACAUUGCGUCCUUCUAUUGGACCCUGACGAAUGAAGACAUUCACACCCAGGAUCCCUCUGCCAGCCAGGGGGAAGAAAUCCUAGCAGAGCUGCUGAAACUGCCCAGCAGAGGAGUCUCAGUGCGGAUAGCUGUCAACCCCCCUACUCCCAAACAGCCUUGCAAAGAUCUCCAGAAACUGGAGGAGAUUGGUGUGCAGGUCCGGAAGGUCAACCUACCUAGACUUACAUCGGGAAUCCUGCAUACCAAAUUCUGGAUAGUGGACCAGAUGCACCUUUUCCUUGGGAGUGCCAACAUGGAUUGGCGAGCCCUCACACAGGUGAAAGAGCUGGGGGUGGCUGUGUACAAUUGCAGCUGCCUGGCCCAGGACCUAGGAAAGAUGUUUGAAGCAUAUUGGGCCCUGGGUUUGCCCAAUGCUACCAUCCCAUCGCCCUGGCCGGCCAAUUAUUCUACCACAUACAACAAGGAGACACCCUUGGAGCUCCAGUUGAACGGCACAGAUGCUGGGGUGUAUUUCUCGAGUGCUCCUCCAGCUUUGUGUGCCCCGGGGCGGACUGAGGACCUCCAGGCCCUGCUAGGUGUCAUUGACGAAGCCCAAGAGUUUGUUUACAUUGCUGUGAUGAGCUACUUGCCCACAAUGGAGUUCUCCCAUCCCAAGAGGUUCUGGCCAAUGAUUGAUAACUACUUGAGGAAAGCUGCCUAUGAGAGGCGAGUGCGAGUCCGUCUCCUGGUCGGCUGCUGGAGGCACUCCAAGUCCUACAUGUUCCCUUUUCUGCGCUCUCUGAAUGCCAUGCAAGACAACCGGACCCACUACAACGUGGAAGUGAGGCUCUUUGUGGUUCCAGCGAACGAGACCCAGGCCCAGAUCCCCUACGCCAGAGUCAACCACAGCAAGUUCAUGGUAACGGACAAAGUGGCUUAUAUUGGAACAUCCAACUGGUCUGGGGAUUACUUCCUCCACACAGCAGGGUCUGCCCUGGUUGUGAAUGAGAGCAACGUAGAAGCCAGGAUCCCACCCACGCUCCGGGAUCAGUUGCAAAAGGUGUUCGAACGGGACUGGGACUCCCAGUACAGUCGGGAAUUGAACUCCGUGGGCCAGUGGCAGGAUUUGUGUAGCUCCCAGUAGACCUUCUCUAUCUCCACUGUUAGCACCACAUGAAGACCAGAUUCUGAGACUUCAGCCUGAGUUGAAGACAUGAUCUCCAUGCUAAAUGUUUGCAAGACACUGGAGGUAGCCACUAAGGGGCUGCCUAGGUCUUCAUAGAGUGAAACUUUUGACUAGGGGAAAAGAGCGCUUCUCCCAAAUCUUUGGACAAGAAGAGAAACAUACAAUCUGAGCACUCUUUUCAUGGAGGGUGGGGGGAAAGGAAGAAUUGGGGCCUCCGCUGACACUUGCGUUCCAGUAUGCGACUGCGUCUUCAUGCCUUGCAAAGGCGCAUUGGUACAAGAAGCAGCCGACGCCAUUCAGAUUUCACGGGCAAAUUGGGUAAAAAGAAAUGUUUCACGAAGAAGAGAAAAGAGGAAGAAGCUGUUUUCUCUGUUGGGGCAAAUGUAGAAGAAAUAGAGAGUGGGGUUUAGUUGUUAGAAAAAGAGAUGUAGGACAAACGUUAGGUAGAGUUUCCCACCCAAAAGGAUCCCAGAGAAGAAAGAGACAUCAGGGAUGGGGAGCACAUGGCCCUCCUGCUGUUGUGAAAUCUGCAACCAUUGCAGCUCUUCUCACCUUUCAUCCUUGGCUUUUCUGGCUAGGGCUGAUGGGAAUUGUGGCCCAACAACAGCUGGAAGGCUUUGUGUCCCCCACUUCUUUGGGGUGGCUACUACCUCUCCUUUUGGAAGGGCUGGUAAAAGGUGGGUCUUUAACAGCAUCGUAAGGAUGUUCUACUUCAGACAGUAUCAUGAGAUGAUGCAACUUGUUGGAAAAGAUGAUAGCGGAAGCAGUAAGGAGAAAGACUACACUACAGGGGUUAGGUUCAAUGAAAGGAACCAUGGCUGCCCUGAGUUUGCAAGACCUGAGCAGAACUCUUAAUGACUCUUGGAGGAUUCCCAUAGGGUCACCAUAAGUCAAAGUCGCCUUGAUGGCAAAUAACAAGCAUCCCAUACUUGGCACCACCUGAAUAUCGGGCAAUAUUUUGUUUGUUACAUUUGCACAACCAUUUUGUUUUCACUGACAGGAGGAGAGGGAGGCAGGGGAGGCUUGUGGUGCAUCAGCACCAGAGGAAUUGCCUCCACUUCUUUGCGGCAUUACAUCAGCAUUGGCCAAGGGCUUUUUGGUGCUGGUACCCAGCCUGCACCUCUGACUCAAAGCAAUCCCAUUGCUCUCUCUGUGGGACUUCAUGGUGGGAGACACUGACAUUCAUUAUAGAUGGCAUCCCAUGCACAUUGCUUUCAGUGCAUACUUUUUUGGCAAUUAAAGGAUGGUUUUCCUUUCAA